AUGUCGGAUGGUCGAUACAAUCUAGCCACCGGACUGUGGCCCGGCGCUGAUGCUAUCCGCGGAACUUCCGGCAACUCACGGCGCUCACCCACCAUCAUGCGAUGCAUUUCGCACCCUUCUUAUGCCUCUCUUUCUCUCUCUCUCUCUCUCUCUCUCUCUCUCUCUCUUCGCCAGGCAAACUGGUUUAAGGCGGUCGAGUACUGCCACUAUCUCGGCCGGUCGCUGGUAACGGUCGCGACGGAGCAACGGCAGCAGACCCUCGACCAGCUGCUGGACGAUGGGGCGCACCAGCCGCGCGAUCAGUCCUUCUGGUGCGGGGCGAACGAUCUGGCCGACGCCGGCAGCUUCCACUGGCAUCUGACCGGCCGCCCGGUCGCCCUCGGCUGGAGCAACUGGGCGGACGAGCGGCAUCGGCGCGAGCCCGCCGACGCGGACGACGCGUACAAGGUGCGGUGCGUGUCGCUGUCCCGCACGGCCGACGUCGUCGAGGAGCUGCAGCAGCAGCAGCAGCAGCAGCAGGAGGGGGAGGGAGAGGGUGGAGCAGCAGCACCACCGGCACCCUUCUCGUGGAUCUGGACGGUGGCCAACUGCUGGCGGGAGCUGUACUUCAUCUGCGAGCGUACCGGUGUGUCGAGCUGCCGGUAGUCGGCCACC